CACAUGUAAAAAAGGAAAAGUGUAGUGAAAUAAUAAAAUGUGGGGAUGUUCGAGUCUCAUUCACUGCGGCAAUAUUGCAAAGCAAAAAUGUGGCAACUUUUGCAAAUGUCAAGCGUUCGAACAACUCAAAUAUUGACAUUUCGUGCGCGCAAAAGUGACAAAAUCGGCAUCAACAAAAUUCGUGAUGGAGGAAAUGAGCCCGAAGCUAUGUCACAAUUUUACCAAGCUCCUCGUGAGAUGCCGGCUCGAAAUGGAGCACGAAUUUUCUGCGRGGAAACGUAAAAAGUCGGUAUUAUGGGCAAAAGUGGUCAACAAAAUGAGCUUGGUCAAUACGGAUGUUCCGCAAUCAAAGGACCUUAUGCAAAGAAAGUUUUUAAAUUUAUUUGCGACAUACAAACGAAUAAAGAAACGAAAUGGGCAGACUGGGAGAGAGCCAACAAGCUGGGAGUUCUUUGAAGAGUUCGACGAGGUGUACGGUAGGCGGCAUUCCAUACAACCGCCAGCCAAAAACCUUCAAGGCUCCAUAGUAGAUAGCGCCGAAGUAUGCGAAUGGAGUGGGGACGAGAAGACUGACGACUCUUACGAGGGUCAACUCGUAAACGAACGACGAAAGCGUCCAAAGACUGCCGCCAUUGAAGCAUUGGAAUUUUUAAAGAAUGAGGCUCUAAACGAACAAGCACGUCAUGAAGAAGUGCUACAAUUUGAAAAAGAAAAAUUGACUUUUGAAAAAGAAAAAUUAAACGUAAUGAUGAAGCUGCGGGAAACUUUAGAAAAGUUAACCGAAAAGUAAAAAAAAAAAUUUAAACAAUGUAAACCUGAUUCUAAUUAUAAUUUUUUAUUACUGUUGUGACCUGUACUUGAAGUAGUUGAAA